AUGGUGUGGGAUGUUAUAUACGGAACGAAUCGGCGUGGAGACCAAAGCAUCGGACAAUGGCCUCAUAUGGCCCAGCGCGACGUACUCGUCCAUGAAUUGAGAGUACUCGAUGGCCUUAUUUUGGUUCCGAUGAAGCUUACAAACAGUAGAAAAGCACAAAUAGGUAACAGUUGCUUUUUAAAAAACUGUGUAACAAGCUUACUAUCAUCGUUCAACUGGCUCAAUGACAUAGCUUCGAAAGUGCCACCAAAAAAAGAGGUAACACUUAAGCGAAAGUGUUCAGUAUGGCAAGACAAGUUAGCCAUACCUGUAAAACGGGCUAGAACUUGUAAUACAAAGCAAGAGAUAUUGCAGAUUGAGGAUCCAGUAGCUAAGGCGAUCCGCCGACAAGGGAGCACCAGUGGUGCUACCCUUACAUGUGGCCAAGGGGACACUGGCCAGCUGGGACUAGGAGAGGAAGUCUUAGAAAAAACAAGAUUCACGGAAGUCUCGAAAUUAAAAGAUGUUAUUUCCGUAGCUGGUGGAGGAAUGCACAACAUAAUCCUCACCAAUGAUGGUUGCGUUGCAACCUUUGGCUGUAACGACGAGGGGGCAUUGGGAAGAGACAUUACAGAGUGUGGAGAAGCUACCCCAGGAUUUGUAGAGUUGCCUGGGCGGGCUAUACAAGUAACCGCGGGUGAUUCACACAGUGCCGCUCUUCUUGAAGAUGGGAGGGUUUAUUGUUGGGGAGCAUUUCGGGAUUCACACGGAACUUUAGGAUUAAUCAAUAGAAAAAAAGAAGAGACUCCAAUUGAAAUUCUACAUAACACAAAAUUUUUGAAAAUAGCGUCUGGGUCAGAUCAUAUUGUUCUCCUGGAUAUCACUGGGACAGUAUUUACGUUUGGAUGUGCCGAGCAGGGCCAGCUCGGCAGAGUUUCGGUAAGAAAACUAGACCGACAUAGUAGACGGGGAAAGGACCAACUUCUCACCCCAGAGAAAGUCUACUUUCACAUAAAAAAAAAUAUCAUUAUUAGAAAUAUUUGGGCUGGUAGCUUUUCCACGUUCGCUGAAGCAGGGAAUGGUGACCUGUAUGUUAGUGGGCUUAACAACUAUAAUCAGAUCGGUCUUAAAGGAUGUGAUAAAACCUUACAUCCGAAGGUUUCGCACACAUUCAGCAGACACAGAUGGAUGCAAAUUAGCUCAGGUCAGCAUCACACAGUUGCUGUGAACGAUCAAGGACAAGUUUAUACAAUCGGGCGUAAGGAAUACGGAAGAUUAGGCCUUGGAAGCCUAUGCGAGGAUGCUCAGGAGCUGAUUCCAGUGCCCAAGCUGGAAAACUUAAAGUGUAUUGACGUGGCAGCUGGUACUGCACAGUCGUUUGCCGUCACAAAUACUGGAACACUCUAUGCCUGGGGCAUGGGCUCGGAAGGUCAGUUAGGAACUGGUAAAGAGGAAGAUAUAUACGAGCCUGAAUUAAUUAAUUCAAAACACGUCAAAGAUGCAUUUGUCCUCCAGGUAUCUGGAGGAGGGCAGCACACGAUUAUUUUAGUAAAAAAACCACAUUCUUCGUUAAUAUAA